AUGGCGCUCACAGGAGUAGGCCCGGCUUUGGAGCCGUUCGAUCUCGAGGGUCCUGCCCAUGAAGUUUCUGCAAGAUGGCGCAGGUGGAAGAGAUCAUUCCAGUACUAUGUGGAUGGGCAGAACAUAACAUCCGCGAAGAGGCAGAGGAGUCUGUUGCUGUACUUGGCUGGUAUGCCAGUACAGGAGAAAUUCGAAACGCUAACAGAAGAUGAGGAUACCGACAAUUUAUUCGAGCGAGCUGUGAGUGCUUUGGACAAGGCUUUCGAGUUCGUGGCCAACAAGAGGUUCGAACGUUAUAAGCUUCGUCAGAUGUCACAACGGACUGGUGAAACAGUAUCUCAGUUUUCGACCCGUUUGCUUGGGCAAGGCAAAUACUGUGACUAUGGCACCGACAUGGAGGAUCAUGUAUGCGACCAACUGCUCAUAGGGAUAUCGGACAAUCGCCUGAGAAAGAAAUUGUUAGAAGUCGACGACCUCACUUUGGCGGUGGCCUUGAAAAAAGGUCGCGAGUAUGAAACAACGGAGCAGCACGCACGUGAUAUGUCAACAUCGACAAGUGCAAGUCACAGUGCAAGCCAUGAUGGGCAUGGGUCUGGGUCCAGUUCGUACGGUACGGGUGAAGCUGCACCAGGAAGUGUGAAUGCUGUGCACGGCGUACCCCAGCAAGAGUGUCACAACUGCGGAAAAGUUGGCCACUUCGCCCGCGACCGGAACUGUCCUGCACGUGGCCAAAGGUGUAGAAAGUGUGGCAUAAACGGUCACUUCGCAUCCAAAUGCAACGGAGGUGACAAACAGCGUACAGGCAACACGCGUCACGCUCCCAAGUCGUCGGGAAAGGCAAGUAAUAGUUUGUACAGAAAAGAAAAUCACUCGGCAAAUCAAAUUCAAGAUGUAGACGAUUUUGUGUUUGGAGUGCGAGGAAGUAAUUUGACACAGGCCUCUAUCGAUGUCAGCCUCAAUAGUGUGUCGACGCGAGUGCUAGUCGAUUCUGGAGCAUCAUGCAACUUGUUGGGAGAAUCGACUUUGGGCCAGCUGCAAUUGCAAGGCCUCGGUGUCACUUUGACGAAGUGCACCAGGAAGCUUUUCGCGUAUGGAGCACACCAGCUGAAUGUCGUCGGCAAGUUUACUGCAAUUUUCCAAUGCGGCUCAGAGCGCACUGAGGACGAAGUGAUCGUCGUCAGAGGAGAUGGAGAGUUCUUGCUGGGACGUAGUACUGCACUCAAGUUGAAGGCCUUGGUGCUACCUGACGUGAAUCAAGUUGGCAGCGCCACAGCUAGCCCCAGUAUCAACGAUGAAAUCAAGAAUGAGUAUCCUGGUGUGUUCAGUGGUGUGGGCAAGUUAAUUGGCUACCAAGCACGUCUUCAUGUAGACUCUGAAGUUCCACCUGUGGCCCAACGCCAGCGUAGGAUACCAUAUGCGUAUGAAACCAAGGUGGAUGAAAAACUUCAGGAGUUACAGCAAUCAGGAAUUAUUGAAGAAGCUGUGGGCCCGACGCCGUGGGUAAGCCCAAUUGUGAUAGCACCAAAGAAGCAUGGCGACAUCCGUUUGUGCGUGGAUUUACGCCGGGUCAAUGAAGCCAUCGUCCGAGAACGACAUCCGAUGCCAACAACAGAGGAGUUGCUGCAUGAAGUCAAUGGCAGCACGGUGUUUUCGAAGAUUGACCUGAAGUGGGGAUUUCACCAAGUAGAGUUGGAAGAAGAGUCCCGCUACCUGACAACUUUUGCUGCAAAUGGGAAGUUGUACCGGUUUCGUCGACUGCCAUUUGGUAUAAGUUCAGCACCAGAGCUGUACCAGAAGAUCAUCAGCGAUGUGAUCAAGGAUUUGGCCGGUUGCAGAAACGGAGCUGAUGAUAUCUUGCUACAUGCGGACUCACUGAACCAGCAUGAUGUGAGGGUUCAUGCAUUGAUGAAUCGCUUGCAGCAGGUCAACCUCACAGUCAACCCAGCAAAGUGUGAGUUCGCUAAGAGCUCCAUUGAGUUCUUCGGCUUGCAGAUAUCUGACAAGGGCAUACAGCCAACUCCGGAAAGGAUACGAUCCUUGGCAGAAGCAUCCAGGCCGAGCAAUGCGUCGGAAGUAAGAAGCUUCCUCGGUACAGCCGGUUUCAGUGCAAAAUUCAUCCCUGAUUUUGCUACAGUUGCUGAGCCACUGCGUCGCCUCACGGUCAAGGGAGCUCAGUUCAAGUGGACUACAGAGCAACAGCAAGCGUUCGACCACCUGAAGCGACUACUGGUGUCCAGCUCAACACUGGCAUACUAUGAUGCUGAAGCGCCGAUCGAGUUAGUGACGGAUGCCAGUCCAGUUGGGCUCGGAGCUGUGCUUGUCCAGAAGCAGGAUGGUGUUUGGCGGCCAGUUGCGUAUGCGAGCAGAUCACUGUCAGCGGUAGAGCGGAGGUACUCGCAGACCGAGCGAGAGGCUCUUGGUAUUGUCUGGGCGUGUGAACGAUUUCACACCUAUCUGCUAGGCAGGGAGUUUACACUCUGCACCGACCACAAGCCGCUGGAAGUGAUUUAUUCGGCAAGAUCCAAGCCCAGUGCCAGGAUCGAGAGAUGGGUCCUGCGCCUACAGCCGUACAGCUAUCGAGUCAAGCACAUUCCUGGAAAGACGAACAUCGCUGACGCUUUAUCUCGCCUGCCCGUUGCAGCGGCGGAUCCAGGAAUCAGCAGUGAUGAAGAGUCGGUUAGACUUAUCACUCAGACAGCAGCACCCAUCGCUAUCGGUAUCAGAACGAUUGAACGUAGCUCAGCUGAAGAUGAAGAGCUAUCUGCUGUUCGCAAGUGCCUUCAUGACGGAUCUUGGGAUGGUCUGCCAGCAGCAUACCGUCAGGUCCGAGGAGAAUUGACUGUUGUUGGCAAGGUGGUGCUCAGAGGUCAACGCAUUGUUAUCCCUACAGAGUUGCGACACCAGACCGUGCAGUUGGCACAUGAGGGCCACCAGGGCAUCGUGAAGACGAAAGAGCAUCUACGGUCCAAGGUUUGGUGGCCAGGCAUGGAUAGCGAGGCCGAGAAGCUCUGCAAGUCGUGUCAUGCCUGCCAAGUGGUUGCAGCGCCAGCCAAUGCACCGCCAGUCAAGUCCACUCCUCUUCCAGAUGCGCCAUGGCAGCAUUUGGCUGUUGACUUGCUGGGUCCACUACCGUCUGGCGAGCACAUUGUGGUGCUCGUGGAUUACUACAGUCGAUAUUUCGAAGUAGAUGUGGUCAAGUCAACAUCAGCUGAAGCUGUGAUUCCGAUGAUUGAAGCCCAGUUCAGCCGACACGGUAUCCCGACGAGUUUGCGUACGGAUAAUGGCCCACCUUUCAACUCGGAAGGGUUUGCGAAGUUUCUACAUGAGUGUGGUGUUCAACAGCUUCGUACUACACCACUGUGGCCGAGAGCUAACGGUGAAGUUGAGCGACAAAAUCGAUCCCUGAUGAAAGUGAUCCGUGCUGCAUAUGCGGAAGGAAAGACGUGGAAGCGGGAGGUUCAACGAUUCUUGAUGGCAUACCGCUCAACGCCACAUAGCACCACCGGAGUUGCUCCAGCUGAGUUAUUGUUUGGGCGCAAAGUGCACUGCAAGUUACUAGCCCUCGGUGAACCAGCAACAAACGAGGCCGUCAGAGAUCGUGACAGCGAGCGUAAGCAGAGUAUGCGUGACUCUGCAGAUGACGCCAACCAUGCCACAAGCCAGUCAACGCAGAUAGGUGACUCAGUACUGCUAAAGCGUUCGGAGACACGGUCGAAGGUCGACACACCAUUCCAUCACCAACCUCAUGUGGUGGUUAGUCGGAAUGGGGACCAAGUAGUGGUUCAGGCACCGGAUGGGAAGCUUGUGCGGAGGAACGUACAGUUCACCAAACCAUUCCGGCAGCAGCAUCCAGCUGAACCUAGCCCCGAAGUGCAAGAGGCACCCCAGCAUCGUGCGGAGCCCCGCAGGUCAGACAGGUUAAGCGUGAAAUGCUAA